CUACAGCUACGGUUAGUUGAGCUCUGCGGCCGUUUGGUCGGGAGGGAGUGGCAUGCAUGUCGACGGUGGCGGUCAGGUCAUGCCGGCCAUGAACAUCCAAUCCAAUCCAGCAAGGUUCUUGUUGUUGGUGCUCGUCGUGGCGUCGUCGACCCUGAUGAUGGACACAACAACGGCGCAGCUGCAGUACGAUUUCUACAACACGACGUGCCCGGGCGUGGAGGACCUGGUGCGCGCCGAGCUGCUGGCCCUGUUCGCCGCCGACGUCACGCUCCCGGCGGGUCUCCUCCGGCUGCACUUCCACGACUGCUUCGGCGCCGGCUGCGACGCCGCGCUCCUGCUAAAGUCGCACAACGGCACGGCCCAGCGCGACGCCGACCCCAACUCCACGGUGCGCGGCUACGAGGCCAUCGAGGCCGUCAAGGCCAAGGUCGAGGAGGCCUGCCCGCUCGUCGUCUCCUGCGCCGACAUCAUGGCGAUGGCGGCGCGAGACGCGGUCAACUACACCCAGGGCCCUGCGUACGCGGUGGAGACCGGGCGGCGCGACGGCAACGUCUCCCGCAAGGAGGACGCCCUGCGCUUCCUGCCUCCCGCCGACGGCAACGUCACCGUCCUCACCCAGUACUUUGCCGCCCAGAACCUCAGCUACAAGGACAUGGUCGUCCUCUCCGCCGCCCACUCCAUCGGUGUCGCGCACUGCCCCUCCUUCUCCAACCGCCUCUACAACUACACCGGCGCCGGCGACCAGGACCCAUCGCUCGACGCCGACUACGCCAAGAACCUCACGGCGAAGUGCAAGCCGGGCAACGUCGCCACCGUGCAACCGCUCGACCCCACGACGCCCAGCACCUUCGACCUGGGGUACUACAACAACGUCUACAACCACCGGGCGCUGCUCGCCUCCGACGCCGCGCUGCUCAACGACAGCCUCUCCGGCGCCUACGUCCAACUCAUGACCAACGCCUCCUCCGUCGACGUCUUCUUCGCCGACUUCGCCGUCUCCAUGAUCAACAUGGGAAGGAUCGGAGUGCGCACCGGCACCGACGGCGAGAUCAGGGCCACAUGCGCAAUCUACGUCGACUGAUCGCUGCUUUAAUUUGAGAUUAUUUUUCCAUUAUUCACUUCUUCUUCUUCUUCUUUUCUUCUCCCUAACUUUAAUUUUGUUCUUAUGCGUGGUUCAUGAAUGUACGUCGUCCUUGGCAUUGUAUUAUUUGAAACAUUGGUUGGAUGCAUGGUUAAAUCAUUGGUUAAUUUGUGCCAAAACUGAACAAUAUACUGGUGAUUUGAAUUCA